AUGAAUCGAUAUCGCAACGCCCCGACGCUCCGAGGCCCUGACAAAGCCACCGCGACCACGCUGUGCCAAAAAUGCCUCAAACGAGAUAUUUACGAGUGCAAGGCACCUCCACAAGAGCGCCCAUACAUCCCGCGGCCUUCACGGACUCAGCAGCUACUGAACCCUGACUUGGUACCCAAGCUCUCCAGUGACAACCCAAAUGAGCUUCUGCGGAAAGAGGGUUUAGCGGAUGAAUUGCUUGCCCGCCGAGAGGAGGAGCGUGGCCGGAAGGAAGACUUAGGGGAUUUGUCAGAUCGCUAUUCUCACUCGCCGAAACGGGACAGGUCUCUAUCAGUGGCAACGAUAUCCACAAAUCGAUCCUAUGACUCGUCUCCCCACCGCGGCAAACACGGCGCAAACGAAACUGAUCGUCGAGACGAUUCAAGAUCACCCGAGAAAACUCGAAAGAGACGCUACAGUGAUUCUAGUGAGGAUCAUACAGGCUCACCCCAACCGGGGCGAAAGACCCGCUCACCGUCUGGGGAGCCAGCUGACGACCGAAACACACGGCGACGACGUCGAGAGUCUAGCCCUGAAGAACGAGGUCGGCAUCGUGGGUCAGGGAGACACAGCGAGAGAAGACGCCGCCGAAGCAGGAGCUUGGACAAGGAGCGAAUAAAAGAUAUGCGCUCUAUGACUCCGGAUGUCCCCCGUGAUCGUUCAUACCGGGAUCGAGCAAGUCCACCACGCCAAUUUCAGUCUGGACGAUCCAGACCUGAUUCUCAAGCGCAGAAACAAGAACCUCCUCGCGAGCGAAGCCUGAGUCCUUUCUCUAAGCGCCUUCGAUUGACCGAGGCUAUGAACCACGGACGGUAA